AGGUGUUUGACGGGGUCUCCGCUGCGUUCAGGGAUGACGGCGGUGCCGCAGCACUACGGCUCCACGCUGCCCAGGCAGAGCCAGCCGCUGGCCUAUGGAGCAGAUCCAUACGGGCUGUACCAGAGGAGCGCUCUGCCCCGACCCGACAGCCUCAUAGGGCUUCACAGCUCGUACGCCGGUCACUCGGGUCAGAUAGAUCCAGAGCUGAGGGCGGCGUUGUCUCCAGACUGCCACAUGACGCCCGUUUUCGAUGAGCGCUCCUUCCACAGCCCACUGUACCACAGCCCCACCCACGACCCCCAAGGCUCCCUCUACAGGACCAACACAGGUAUGGCGACCCUCCCUCGGGCCUCGAGCCAAUGCGGCACGCUGCCGUACCAAAGAAGCAGCUUCGGGCUGAGCACCGCCGCUCUGUACGUCGACUCCUACAGGGUCUCCGGCGAGCCCGUCUUCUCCCACCGGCUCUCUGGAGGACUGGUGGACCGGGUGGCCACGCGCACGCCAUCCAUCGAGAGCAUCCACAAGGACCCAAGGGAGUUCGCUUGGCGUGACCCCGAGCUGCCGGAGGUCAUCCACAUGCUGCAGCACCACUUCCCCUCCGUCCAGGCCAACGCCGCCGCCUACCUGCAGCACCUGUGCUACGGAGACAACAGGGUCAAGGUGGAGGUCUGUCACCUGGGAGGGAUCCAGCACCUGGUGGACCUGCUGGAUCACAAGCUGACGGAGGUCCAGAAGAGCUCCUGCGGGGCCCUGAGGAACCUGGUCUACGGCAAGGCCACCGACAACAACAAGGUGGCGCUGAGGAACUGCGGCGGCGUGCCGGCUCUGCUGCGCCUCCUCAGGAAAACCACCGACAACGAAGUCCGGGAGCUGGUCACUGGCGUCCUGUGGAACCUCUCGUCAUGUGACGCGGUGAAGAUGACCAUCAUCCGCGACGCUCUGUCCACGCUGACCAACACGGUGGUCAUCCCCCACUCGGGCUGGAGCAGCGUCUCGCACCGCGACGAACACAAAGUCAAGUUCCAGUCGUCCCUGCUGCUGCGCAACACCACUGGCUGUCUGAGGAACCUGAGCUCAGCAGGGGAGGAGGCGAGGAGUCAGCUGCGCUGCUGUGAAGGUCUGGUGGACUCGCUGCUUCACGUUCUCAAAGCCUGCGUCAACACCUCCGACUACGACAGCAAGAUCGUGGAGAACAGCGUCUGCACCCUGAGGAACCUCUCGUACCGGCUGGAGGUGGAGAUGCCCUCCUCUCGUCUCCUCGGCAACCAGGAGCUGGACACCCUGCUGGGCUUCUCCUCGCCGGCCAAGGAGCUGGACUACCUCUGCUGGGGCAAGAGGAGGCGCGGCAGGAAGAGGGGCGGCUGGCCCGACGACAAGUGGGACGGCGUCGGGCCGAUCCCAGGUUUCUCCCAGUCUGAGGGGGCGGAGCUUCUGUGGCACCCAAUGGUGGUGAAGCCGUACCUCAACCUGCUGGCGGAGAGCUCCAACCCCGCCACGCUGGAGGGCGCCGCCGGGUCGCUGCAGAACCUCUCUGCUGGGAACUGGAAGUUCUCAGCCUACAUCAGAGCGGCGGUGCGUAAAGAGAAAGGUCUGCCCAUCCUGGUGGAGCUGCUGAGGAUGGACAACGACCGGGUCGUCUGUUCCGUCGCCACCGCCCUCCGCAACAUGGCGCUGGACAGCCGCAACAAGGAGCUGAUAGGGAAGUACGCCAUGAGGGAUCUGGUGAACCGGCUGCCCGGCGGCACUCCACCGGUGCUGUCGGACGAGACGGUGGCGUCUGUCUGCUGCACGCUGCACGAGGUCACCAGCCGCAACAUGGAGAACGCCAAAGCUUUGGCCGACAGCGGAGGCAUCGAGAAGCUGGUGGACAUCAGUAAAGGACGAGGGAAAGGGUACUCGAUGAAGGUCGUGAAGGCAGCAGCUCAGGUGUUGAACACGCUGUGGCAGUACAGAGAGCUGAGGAACCUCUACAAACAGGACGGCUGGAACUACACUCACUUCGUCACGCCCGUCUCCACUCUUGAGCGAGACCGCUACCUGUCACAGCCGGCGCUGCCGACCAGCCCGCUGCAGAUGUCCCCUGUCAUCCAAUCAGGUGGUAGUGCAACAUCCUCGCCGGCGAUGCUCGGGAUAAGAAGACACAGUUCAAACUAUCAGAGAGCGCAGUCAUCUAUGCAACUCGACACGUAUUAUGGAGACAACAGUUUACACAAACGGCAGUACACAGGUACCAAGAAAACUCCGUAUUUCAUUGGGACGUAUUCUUCACAGUCAGGAGAGGAAUUGAGAAGGUCCCAGCACACAGAGCCAUUUUACGACGAACCCGACAGGAAGAACUACAACAGCUACAGAAUGUACCUGUCGUCCCCACAAGGCUACGGGGAGGAGCCCUACGAGGACGAGCCUGUCCACCUGAACCCGUCCUCCCCGACGGCUACGGGCCAGUCGCUCCAGUUCAAAGCCAACACCAACUACGUGGACUUCUACUCCACCACACGGAGGCCUUCAAACAGGGCCAACAAGUUCACCGGCUCCCCCGACUCCUGGGUGUAG